AUGCCUACCAACUACAAAAGAACUUCAAAUCAACAAAGCUGGAAUGCAGUGAGCAUGAAAAAAGCAAUUGAUGCAGUUAAAAAUAAAAAAUUAAGUUACAAUAAAGCUGCCAAAUAUUUCAACGUCCCAAGAACAACAUUAAAAAGAAGAGUUGAAGAUAUUAAUAUUGAUGCAACAGUUUUCUCUAAUGAUCAAGAACAAGAAAUUGUAAAUUACCUAUUUGAUAUGGAAAAAAGAUUUUAUGGACUAACAAUAAAUAAUAUCCAAACAUUAGCUUACGAAUUAGCUGAAAAAAAUAAUAUUGCACACAACUUCAAUGUUACAAUAAAACUGAGAUAA